AGUCAAUUUUGCUACGCAGCUCCCAAACGCGUUUUUGCACAAUUUUUCUUCAAAACUACUGAUUGAGUUGGGCAUUUUCAUUAUUAUUUUCCAAAUGCAGGUGAUUAUUCUAGCAGCUUCCCCAUCGGUAGUUGUGUAACAAGGAUAAUUAAUCUUGAAAAUCAAGAGCGAGAGAGAGAGACAGAGAUGGGGGACGAUCGAGUGAAGAACGAGGCUAUGGAGAUAAUGGGUAUGUUUCAAGUGUUACCUCGCCUCGUCGUUUUCGAUCUCGACCACACUCUCUGGCCCUUCUACUGUGAAUGUCUCUCCAACCGUGACAUGCCGUCAUUAUAUCCUCAUGCCAAAGGCAUACUGUAUGCUCUCAAGGAUAAAGGCAUUGAUAUUGCGAUUGCCUCUAGAUCACCAACUUCUGAUAUAGCCAACACUUUUCUUGAGAAAUUGGGUUUAAAAUCAUUAUUUGUAGCUCAGGAAAUAUUUUCCAGUUGGACCCACAAGACCGAUCAUUUUCAGAAAAUUAAACAGAAGACUGGUGUUCCAUACACUGAGAUGCUCUUUUUCGAUGAUGAGGAUCGCAACAUAAAUGCAGUUUCUAAAUUGGGCGUUACGAGCAUCUUGGUGGACGAUGGUGUCAAUCUAGAAGCUUUUAGACAGGGGCUCUCCAAGUUCUCUCAGAACCGGUCCUCAUUGGAAAGGAACAAGCAAAGAUGGCGUAAUUUUUCACAAAAAUCAAGCUCGUCGCAGGAGCUAUGAUUCCUCAAAUCCAAACUUUAAAAACUAUGACCAGGUUUGAUAUUGUUACUGUUAUGAACGUAGAAAUACAUGCAACCUGGUUUGCAACGGGAUCGUUUAAGGGAUACCACCCCAGAUAUGUGUAUCGAUUUGUAUUCUCUCUAAAUUCAACCUGUACUCUGUUAAUUGGUAACAACGAAUCAGUUUUAGUCAAAUGAUUGUGCGUUCAAUUCA